AUCCACUGCACCUCGAAUGGCCGCCCAAGAAGAGAGCAGGGGGUGCAGGCGGCGUCUACAGCGCAUGGAUAGUAGCAGAUUCACGUCACCAUUCAGAUCUCGCCUCACGACAGCCAAUGGCCAUGCAAGGCGGCAGCGCGGCCAGACGGCCCGCUACGAAGGGCGGGAAACUACGCGCUCCCAAGAGGGCUGGUCUGGAGUUGUCCACUCCAGAAAUGUGGGAGCGUCUCUCCAGAGCCGUGCAUGAAAUCUACAACCAUAAUAGCUCUUUGCUCAGCUUUGAGGAGAACUUUCGGUAUGCUUACAAUUUCGUCCUGCACAACCAAGGAGACAUGCUCUACUCGGGAAUCAUCAAGCUGCUCGAAGAGCAUCUAAGCAAGCAAUGUCAAGAGAGAAUUGUCCCCACUUUCCCUGCGGGCAGCAUGCUGUCGCUCCCACCAGGCAUUAUUAUGCCCAAGGGCGUCUCAGCCAGCCGACAGCUCUCCUCUCAGACCUCCUUGGCCAGUGCAAAGGGCAAAGGAAAGGCGCGUGCGGUCGAGGAGCUUGAAGUCGACAGUGACGAUGACGACAACAGAAGAUCAGCGCAGACGGAAGGGCGCAGAUCGGAAUCGCUAGGGAACGAUACCAAUGAAGGAUCUACCACUACGCUGACAGGUGGACAGAGCGUGGGAGACAGAACCGACGCUGCUGCCAGGGCACAAGCAGGAGAGCGGUUGCUCAAGACGAUUCGCGAUGUCUGGGAAGAUUACUGCGCAUGUACACACACGCUGUCCAAGGUGCUGAAUUACGUUGAUCGUGUAUAUGUUCCGGAAAAGGGUCGGCUGCCAAGCUGGAAGUUGGGCCUGGAGCUCUUCCGCGAUAACGUGCCCUGGUCGCAAAAGUACCCGAUCCAUCGCAAUUUGUACGGAACACUGCUGACACAAAUCCAGAUCGAGCGUGAAGGGUCAGUCAUCAAUCGCUCGGCGGUAAAGUCAUGCAUCGAGAUGCUCGUCACGCUCUCAUACCCCCAUCGAAAUGUCCCAAUCGUCCAGCGACGCUCAGUCUACAAGCAAGAAUUCGAGCCGGCCUUCCUGAGUACCUCGGUCGAAUUUUACCGCUCAGAAGCAGAGCGCAAGCUCGCGUCAGGCGAUGCGGCCGAGUAUCUGCGCCACGUGGAGCGACGGUUCUUGGAGGAAGAAGACCGCGUGACCGUCUACCUCAAUUCGUCUACGGGCAAAGAUUUGCGGCUGCUCCUCGAGCGGUAUCUGCUCUCUGACCAUUUGCAGACCAUCAUCGAUAUGCCUGGCAGUGGAAUCUUUACGAUGCUCGACGAGCCGAGGGACGCAGAUCUCGAGCGGAUGUACAGGCUCUUUAGGCGCGUAGGGCAGGGCAUACCCGUGCUGAGACAAGGGUUGAAGGGAUACAUCACUGCAAAAGGAGCUCUUAUCAACGAGGCAAUCAACAACAUUGAGGCCGCGGGUAGCAAAGCACCGAAACCUGCAGUCGAAAGAGUCAUCGCGAAGGGAAUCGCGGUGACUGCAGCUGGCGGCCCAGAAGGUGAUGAGAAUGGCGAGGGAAGCGAAGAGUGUGCAAAGGGCAAAGGCAAAGACCCUGCUACAGCAGGCAAGAAGAAUGCCGGCGCAGUCACUGCCGGCGAGGGAGGCAAUGCAUCCUCCUUGCAAGCGUCCCUCGCCUUGCGUUGGGUGGAGCAAGUGCUCGCAUUCAAGGCGCGUUUCGACUCGCUCCUCAAGCAGGCAUUUGCUUCGGAUACGCAAUGCGAGGGUGCUAUCAGCGAAGCGUUCGAGCAUUUCAUCAACAAAUGUCCUCGUGCGCCGGAAUUUAUCUCGCUCUUCAUUGACGAAAACCUCAAAAAGGGCUUGAAAGGAAAAACUGAAGAGGAAGUGGAUGAGGUGCUAGAGCGCACCAUUGUCAUCUUCCGCUUCUUGAACAACAAAGACGUCUUUGAGCGAUACUACAAGACGCAUCUGGCCAAGCGUCUGCUCGGCGCGCGGUCCGUCUCGGACGAUGCCGAGCGCAGUAUGAUGGCCAAGCUCAAGGUGGAAUGCGGACAUAACUACGUGCACAAGUUGCAGGGCAUGCUGAACGACAUGAAGCUCAGCGAUGAGGCCAACUCGGCAUUUACAAAAAGGCAGCAGACAGGAGCAAAUAGCACUCCUUUUGAUCUCUCGGUGAACGUCCUCACCGCGACAUUCUGGCCCUCAGUUUCUGUGCAAGACCAGUCGGUUGUCUGGCCUGAGCAGAUGCAAUCGGCCAUCAAAACCUUCGAACAGUACUACCAUUCACUGCAUAGCGGCCGUCGGCUCACAUGGCAAGCAAAUCUCGGUACAGCCGAUGUGCGCGUGACGUUCAAAACCCGCAAGCACGAGCUCAACGUGUCCACCUAUGCUCUGAUGGCCUUACUCCUUUUCGAAGAUCUCGAUGCGGAGGAGUCGCUAACCUACACCGACAUUCGAACCAGUACCAACAUUGCAGAGGCAGAGCUGAAGCGUGCGCUGCAAUCGCUAGCAUGUGCAAAGUACAAGGUCCUACUCAAGGAGCCCAAGGGAAGGGAUGUGAACGAGACAGACAAGUUCUAUUUCAAUAUCAACUUCACUGCCCCCCUGGCCCGCAUCAAGAUCGCGCAAAUUGUCGCCAGGGUGGAGACGCAACAGGAGCGUAAGGAGACGAACGAGAAGAUUCUCGAGGAGCGCGCUCAUUUGACGGAUGCAUGCAUCGUUCGCAUUAUGAAAAAUCGCAAACGCUUGGCGCACAGCGAGCUCGUGCUCGAGGUUAUCAAACAGCUCUCGACUCGCUUCCACCCUAGUCCUGCAGAUGUCAAGAAGCGCAUUGAAUCUUUGAUCGACAGAGUGAGUCCUUGUAGCAGGCGUGCACUCUCCCCCUUCAAUUACAGCUAGCUACACCCCUCACACUUGGUGCAUUUGAUCUCCACAGGAAUACAUCGAGAGGACGGAAGUAAAAAAUGUGUAUCAGUACCUUGCAUGAUCCCAAUUUGCAUCAGCAGCGCACAUUCUACCUGAUCAAGGUACGAAUUGAAUAGCAAUGAAAGCAAGCAUCUUCCCGUAGCCAGAACAUACGAAAUCGGGUCCUCUUUGUAUCAUAGCAAAUC